UUUGGUUAACGAGCAGAUGAAGUGCGGUGAGGGCACGGGAAGACGCGCUGUGCUUCUUGUACUGAGGACUUUAAAUACAUCUGAGAUCAUGCAGUCACACCGGCCAUAUGUCACUCUCUCAGUCUCGGUCAGAAUAACACCUUUGCCUCUAUCUGGAGAUUAGAUUACGCUCUCUUUCAGAAGUGCAUUUUAUUGUUGUUGCUCCAAGUGAUGCCUCCGUGUCUUAAGCGAUGUUAUUGAGUGAAUGGUCUCACGGAUUGUCUGUCUUCUGUCAUGCAUGCAUUGAAAUGGAUUUGCCGAGGUGUAAAUUAAGCCUGGAAUCCCCAGUGAGAAAACAACAGAAGGGCCGUGAAGAUCAGCCCUAAUGGAAGAGACAGAAACAGUGCUGACCUGCUCCGAGCAGGACACUUUAGGAGCAGACUUCAUCACGGUGGAACUUGACACCCAGCCCAUCGAAUAUGUGGUCAAGUGGGCCGAGGUGGGCUCGAAAUUCACUAUAGCCUGUGUGAAAAAGGAUUUGGACGAGGCUGCCUGCUUCACCUCCGAUCAGAUAGUCAAAGUGGAACCGGACGAGACGUUCUUUGUCCCUUACGAAGCGGUGUACCCAGAAUGUGACGAGGCAGAUCCAGAUUGGAUUGCGACGCAUGAGGAGGAGGUGGGCAGCGAGUCAGACUUCAACGAGAACAACACAGAAGAGGGGAAUAGCCAGUUUUGCGAAGAAGUGGACGUUUCGGAUGUCUGCUGGGAGAAGGAGGUGUCUCAUGCUAGAACGUAUAACUGCCGCUUCUGUGGCAAGAGCUACAGCCAUUCCUCCAGUCUUGCUCGCCAUCUGCAUGUGCACUCGGAUGGAUCCUCCUCUAAAGAUUUCAGGAAGUUGUGCGACAACAAAAAGUCUCUCCAGUGCAAUCUAUGCGGGGUGCGGUGCAACGGCAAGCGGCUUUUGGCGAUACACAAGAAAUGCCACAAAACCAAGAGACUGCACACAUGCGACACAUGCGGGAAAUCGUUCAAUCACAGCUCGAGUCUGUCGCGGCAUCGGUUGAUCCACAAAAAAGGCCUGGAUAAGGACGUCAGACCGUUAUACCCGACUCCAACCCCAGCUCCCAUCGGAACCCAGCACAGUUUCCCAUCCGGCCACGGCACGAGUAAAAGAACGGUGGAGAAGCAGUACCAGUGCGCGCAAUGCGACAGAGUCUUUAGCCACUCCGCGGGACUCUCCAAGCACCAGGUGGCUCAUGUGAGACAGCUGCUCAACUCGUACACACACGGCAAAGACUCCCUCGACAAGUCCUCGGACCUCAAGAUCCGCUUGAAGCUCUGUUCCCGCGACAAGCCCAACUACUACACCCUGUGCAAGAAGAACAAGCACGGUAAAGGGGGCAAGAAGAGGUUGUUCCUGCCCAAUGAGGAGCGGCCGUACCCCUGCCGGAUUUGCGACAAACGCUUCAGCCACACCGCCAGCCUCUCGCGGCACGAGCACACGCACGCCAGCAACAUGUGCUACGCCUGCAACGUCUGCAGGAAGACCUUCAUGCGGCUCUCCAACCUCAAGCAGCACCAGCAAACGCACGCUAAGGGAAAACUCUACAAGUGCCCACAGUGUGGGAAAACUUUCGUUCACUCCUCCAGCUUCUCGCGCCAUAAGAAGGUCCACGCGGCGAUGAGCCUGUCUUCGAAACAGGAAGACGUUAUGUGCGAAGAGGAACUGGUCAUCGAUGAGGUGGCCCCGCUGGAAUAUGAGUCCGAGUGAGAAAGACCGAGGCUCUGGAACUGUCGAGGCUUUUCUUUUCUUCUUUUGGUUUGUUUUUGUUUACUCCUCAUUCUUAUUUUGCGAAAUCGUAAUUUGGGUGUGGCAUCACUGGCUGUGUGGUUUCAAUUGAGUACUAUUGUAAUUAUUAUAACCCUUUUCAGCCACUUUUAGGGGAUAUAGUAGAUAUAAAAAGUGUUUUUGUUUUCUUGGUUGACAUUCCCUUGUGUUUUGUUGAUUUGGUUUAUUUGCAAGCCAGAUUGUGUAAUUUAUGUCUCUGAAAUUUUAGGUAUUAACAAGAAAAUCAACAGAGAAAAGCGGAUGGCAUUGGCAAUGCAGGUGUUAUUUAUUGUUAUUUUUAUUUUUUGUUGUGCUUGCACUGAAUCUGUGAAGCCAAAAGAAGUACUUAUUGGGGUGAGGGGAGAAGGUAAUAUUAAAUUCAAGUUUGUUAGUAGGAAACCAGAGUUUUGUAUGCAAGAAGUAAAUUUAUAUGCAAUUUACUUGAACGUUGUUCUAUUAAGUGUGCGGUUUGAAUCAGUUAUUUCUCCUGUAAUUAUAUUUAGUGACCUAAUUUCUUAGACCAACAAGUUCAAGGCUUUUCUCUUCUGAAGUCUGGAGACACAAAAACAGGUUUUGCUGUUUGGUUUUAUGGGAUAUAAAAAAAAAACUGUAUACAGUUCCAGUAUAAACCGCUGGACGAGUGCAAAUGGAGGAGCUGUACUCCGGACUAACAAGUGUUUUGGGGUGUUUUGAUUGUUCUGCAUUUGACUAGUUUCCUCACCAUGUUUUCUUUGGUACUUAUUUCCUCUUUGAUGUUCUUUUGUCAAAAUAUGAAAUCCAUUGUGUCCAUGGAGGGUGUUUAUAAAAAAACAAACAAAAAAAAGAUGCUUAUUAGACACGGACAUGUACAGCUGCUCUUAAAAUAUUGUUCAUAUAAAUUUGUGUGUGUGCACUUGAAUGAAUAUGAGAAAAGAAUAUACCUGCAAAAUGUGUGCUUUUUACUUCUGCUGUAUAUGUGUAAAAAGUUGCACUUGCAAAAAGAAGUUCUAUCUGAUUUAUUUUUCUGUAUCUGCAUAAGUUAAGGAAUAGCCAAGGGAUUUCAUAUUUUAACAAGCAUUGCACUAUUGUAUUUAUAGACAGAAGCACUACAUAUUUAGGGAAUUGGAACGCGACUUUGGAUCUCCCGGUCAAAACCUCAAAUGAAUGAGGCACGGAAAAAUAUCUUCCACGCAUUUUGAAAAGUUGAUCAAGUGCCCUCAGCUACUUUGUGUAAGACCAAAGCUCUUCAAUGCAACACGGAAGACCUGCAGUUCAGCUCAUCGAAGGUGUUUAAUCAGCCUUAUGUUCGAUGCUCAUACACAUCUGGACUUUUGCUCACCAUUUGCUAUCUGAGUGGAAAUUGAAUAGCAAUUACUAACCUAUUUAUGGUGUUUGAAAAUGAGAUGUUGAGGAGUGUUGGGAUGCUCGUAUGAAGCACAGAAGACAACCAGAAUGAUGCACCAGAAUUGGUACUCUCUAUAGUUUUUUGAGUUCCUGGUUGUUUUUAAAUAUUCCCAUUGUUCUUAAAGCAUAAGUCAUAUCCCCCAGUCGUAUGGACCUUUUAUUGCCAUUGUUUUUAAUUCUUUCCAAUAAUAUAAGGGUUAUCGCUCUCCUGUCCACACUGAUUUAAAUUUGUAAUUUUUCCUUUUCAAUUGCUGUAGCUAUUUCAUCUCUCAAUGCAGCAGACCUACAUCUUAUAUAAAGAUGUAUGUUUUUGUAUUGUGUUUGCCAUUA